AAAGGUUUGGAAAUGGAGCUGAACUCUUCUGAGAGUUGUCGGGUUAUUUAAAUCUCGUUCCUUCUCCUCUUGAUAUUAUUUUGGGCAGUGUUACUGGGUUUUACUGUAUAAGUAAAGGAUAUCUUAGACAGAUAAACACGGAUUUUAGGAUGAACCACGUCAACUUUGUUGUACCGGAGAAGUUCCAGCUCAGUCGGUAAAUAAGGUUUCUGAACGUGUUAUGACGCGCUGCAGAUGAUCAUGCACCUCUAGAUGUUCCUCUCAUUAUCUCUAGAAGCAAGAACAAAGUCAUCAAAGACAACGCAAACAUUUUCUUUAGCGUUAUCGUUAUAUCAACGUCACUACGACCCUUUUUUUUUGGGUUGUUGUUUGUUCACGCUGAUUAUCUUUCAACCUGCACCAUGUAUCAAGGAACAUUUUGUGGCAGAAUGGGUGGUAUGAUGGCUCACCCGUAACAAGCGGACAGAUUUUAUCGUUCUUGUUGUUUUACGUUUACCGACGUGACAUGGAGAAGCAGGCAGACAUCACUCACAGUAAGGUGGCAUUAUCAUUUCAAGAUGAGGUUCAGGAGGAUAAACUUGAGGACCCGGAUUCCUUUAACCCAAUAGAGCCCCCUCCUCUGGACUGGAGGUCUGACUCUUCCAGUGAAGCAUGUUCACUUAAAGAUAUCGAAGAACCUGGAUCUUUUUCCAUGGAUACACCUUUGGAUGAAUUAAGUGACUGUGGGGCUCACAACAUAAGUUUUACGCCAACACAAGUUGAGAAUCGAGUGCUUGAGGAACUUCCAGAUCACCUCACAAAUCAGAAAGCUGAAGGUUGCACAAAUAAUACAUGUAGAACAAAUGAAUCUUAUGUUUCUGCACCACUGGAAUAUAAUUUAGCAAAGACGAGGCAAAAGCCAAUAGGGAAUCAGAGACGGCAUGACCAAGACCAUGCUCACAUUCAAGAUUUACUUGAUCAGCUCCAGCUCUUUCACCCAGCACCUCCUUGUGAAGAUUCUGUCCCUGAAACACAUGUAGAAAUGUCAAACUUUAAUGCUGAACAUGUAGCCGAGAACCUGCCGUCUUCAUGCUCAGUGCCUGAGUUUAAUACAACUCACACGCACUCGGAGAAAAGCACGGUAUCCGGCCUUCUUUUCACUGUGAGCAACCAGAGGGAGCUGCUAGAGCUGCUGGAGGACCCAGAACCUCAAGAACCCCAAGAAUUUCAGGAAUCUCUUGAAGAUCGCCCCAUUUACACAGAACAGGCUAAUGAGAGCCAGCUCGGGAACAUUUCACAGCUGCCUGACUGCCGGACCAGGUAUAUAUCAAGAACUGGUGAGGCAGACGAAAUGGUUUCUGUCUCAUAUGGCUCAGAAAUCUGGCACAGCCCGUUUCAGGAUGAGGGUAUGAUGUCAGGCUACCCAGAGGAGGAGGUCAUGGAGCAAUGGCAACAGCCGAGAUGUGUUCUCUCAGAUGAGCUGGCUUCUCAUGGAGCUGACGUGGAUGCUGAAACUGAAGCGCCUGCUUCAUAUAAAGAUGUGCCUGGUCCUUGCGAUCCUGAGGAUCUGCUGGAUGGCAUCAUAUUCGGAGCGAAAUACCUUGGUUCCACGCAGCUGCAAACAGAUAGGAACCCUUCCACGAAUGCUCGAAUGACGCAGGCACAAGAAGCUGUAGAUCGCAUCAAGGCUCCUGAAGGAGAAUCUCAGCCGAUGUCCGAAGUGGACCUUUUCAUCUCCACUCAGAGAAUCAAAGUGUUAAGCGCAGAUUCCCAGGAGGCUAUGAUGGACCAUCCUCUGCAGAUGAUCUCCUAUAUUGCUGAUAUCGAAAGUCUUGUAGUGUUGAUGGUGCGCAAGAAGCCAGCAGAUCAUAAAACUGAUUUAGCUGCUUGCUCUCCAUCACCUUUGAAGAAAUGCUGGAUGAUAUGCCAUGUGUUCUCUUCUGCAGAUGCGCAGAUUAUAGCUCAGGCCAUUGGGCAGGCGUUUGGUGUGGCAUAUCAGCAUUUUUUGCAAGCGAAUGGAAUUAAAGCCGGCGAAAUCCAACCAGGGGAGUAUUGCCUUGGUUCACAAGAACUUUAUAACGGAGAUCUGGUGCACUUUUCACAGUCUGAAAAUAUCCGAGAGGUUUGCAUUAUAAAGAAGGUUGGGGAGAUCCUUGGUAUUGCCAUAGUAGAAUCUGGUUGGGGCUCCAUCCUGCCCACGGUAGUGGUGGCCAACCUGCUGCACGGCGGCGUAGCCGAGCGCUCUGGGGAGCUGAGCAUCGGAGACCGGAUCAUGUCAGUGAACGGGGCCAGCCUGGUGGGCCUUCCCAUCACCACCUGCCACAACAUCAUCCGAGAGUUGAAAAAUCAGUCCCAGGUGAAGCUCAGCAUAGUCCACUGUCCACCUGUGACCAUGGCCAUUAUUAAGCGACCCAACCCAAAAUACCAGCUGGGCUUCAGUGUAGAGGACGGAAUUAUUUGCAGUUUAAUGCGCGGAGGCAUAGCAGAGAGGGGUGGCAUCCGCGUCGGUCAUCGCAUCAUUGAAAUCAAUGGGCAGAGCGUAGUUGCCACGCCACAUGAAAAAAUCAUCCAUAUUCUCACAAACGCCGUCGGAGAGAUUCACUUGAAGACGAUGCCAACAUCCACCUAUCGUCUCUUAACCGGACAAGAGCAGCCUCUGUUCCUUUGAAACAGAUGAACCAUGCAAAAACCUUUUUGUCCUGAUGCAUUUAUUUAUUUUUUUAUUCAAGUAAUGUGACAAACAAUGACGGUGCACAUCAUCCAUGUCAUAGAAAUCACAUCUAAAAGCACAGAGCACAAUUUAAGCACAAGAAAAUUUUACAAAUCGCACAGCAUGCACAAUUGUAUUCCAUUGUGCCUUCCAUUGUGCAUUCUGCUUGAAUGUUUUCCAACAAAGUUGUUCAUACGUUUAAGUACCACAGCUUUAUCGAGCAGGUCACAAGCAUCUGUUUUGCCGUAUCGCUUGUUGUAGGCUUGCAUGCUGUCUUCAAUGCCUUGGUGUCUGCAAAAAUAAACUAAGUGACAUUAAGAUGUUUGCUUUUAAGCAAUAGGACGUACAUACAUAUAUUUUAAAGCUGCUGUAUAAGACUAAAAUAUGUCACCUGAUUCUGUAUGAAUUUUAUGAGAGCUUCUUAUUUUGUAUUUUUAAUUAAAUAGUUAUUACUGAGUUUUAGGAUAUGCCCAGCAUCUAUUUCAGGUGGCUUGCUACCUCACUUUUCAGUGGUAAAUCAAUAUAAUGCAUUACUUUUAAGACUACAUAUGCAUAUAUAUCAUUGGUAACAGCUGUUUCGACUUUUCAGUGGCAUCAAAAAGAGGGUGUUUUUACUCUCUGACUGACUGGCCACAUAGCUUAGGAAGUGUCUGUUUUCAACAUCAUCUUGUCAGUGAUCCUGUUUGUGAUACCUUUAUUAAAACAGGUCUUUGCUAA